AUGUCGCGCUUGCGCACCUUGUUUCGCAGGACGGAAGAUGCCGACAAGCUUGGACGUUCUUCGAACGUCAACGGGGAUGCUUCUGUUCCGGCUGCCGAACAAAGUGUACCUGCGACAUCGACUCAAGGACAAGAUGCUGGGGAAGAGGCAAGAGAUGGAGCGAGCAAGGAAUAUGAUGGCGAGCAAGAAGAGUCCACCACCGAGGACGACUCCAAAUACCUCAAAGGCCCACAACUCCUCCUCCUAACAACCGGCCUCCUCCUCGCAACGUUCGUUGUCGCCCUCGACAACACCAUCAUCGCAACCGCCAUCCCAAAGAUAACCUCCAUCUUCGACUCGCUCGACGACGUAGGCUGGUAUGGCAGCGCCUACCUCCUCACCACAACUUCGCUGCAGCCCUCCUUCGGCAAAAUCUACACCUACUUCGACGUCAAAUGGGUCUACCUGUCUGCGUUGAUGAUUUUCGAGCUGGGGUCGAUUCUUUGCGCUGCGGCGACGAAUUCCACGAUGUUGAUUGUGGGGAGGGCGGUGGCGGGUGCUGGAGCGGCGGCGUUGUUUAGUGGCGCGAUGACGAUUAUUGGGUAUUCGGUGCCGUUGCGGAGGAGAGCGCUUUAUAUCGCGUUGCUGUCGAGUAUGUUUGGGAUUAGUAGUGUGGUGGGGCCGAUCUUGGGCGGUGCGUUCACGGAUAAGAUCUCGUGGAGAUGGUGCUUCUGGAUCAACCUCCCCUUCGGCGCCGUCAGCAUCGCCGUGGUGUUCUUCUUCUUCACCAAUCCACCAAGGCGGUAUACGAACAUGACCGUCAAGGAGAAGAUCAAGCAGAUCGACAUUGCUGGAGCGUUUCUCUUGAUCUGUGCGAUCGUUUGCCUUCUCCUGGCCUUGCAAUGGGGCGGCUCGAAGUAUGCAUGGUCAGACAGCAAAGUGUGGGGAUGUCUGCUCGGGUUCGGCCUGAUUAUCGUCUGCUUCGUGGCCCUGCAAUUCUACCUUGGAGACCGAGCAACGAUGCCUCCCAGGGUGUUGGGAAAGCAGAGGACGGUGGGAGCAUGUGCACUGUUCUCAGCCUUCCUCGCAAUGGCUCUAUAUGCACACAUCUACUACCUGCCUUUCUACUUCCAGGCUGUGAAAGGCGUUGGCGCUGAAGCAUCUGGAAUCCGCACGAUACCUUACCUCGUCAGUAUCACACUAUCUUCGAUUGUCGUUGGCGCAGCUAUCACCAUCAUUGGGCCUUACAACCCACCGAUGUGGAUCGGUUCCGUAAUCUUCGUCAUCGGCUGCGGCAUGCUCUACACCCUCAAAGUCAACUCCUCAACAGGAACCUGGAUCGGCUAUCAAAUCCUCGCCGGGGUUGGUGCAGGCGCUUGCGUACAGAUCCCAUUCAUCGCCGUGCAGGUCGUACUACCCGAGAAAGACAUGCCAGUGGGUAACGCCGUGGCAAUCUUCUUCAACACACUCGGUGGUGCCAUCGCUGUCUCGAUUGCCCAGAACAUCUUCACCAAUACCUUGAUCAAGCAACUGCCCAUCCUGGCGCCAGGUGUCGACGUGGCGAAAGUCGUCUCAUAUGGAGCCUCUCAUGUGCGGGAAGCAGCGCCGCCGAAUCUUUUGCCUGGAGUGUUGGAAGCGUAUGAUAGGGCUAUCACGACGGCGUUCAUCAUGCCGAUUGCUGUUAGUGGACUGGCGUUUUUGGCGAGUCUGAUGAUGGAGUGGAAGAGUGUGAAGGGGAAGAAGUUGAUGCCGGGUGGUGCAUAA